UUACAUUAUCGUCCCUGCCGCGCCGGCGGCUGCAACUGCAAAAUACAGUCGUCCGCUCAGGUUGGGUGGUGCGGUGGUUAUGAUACCAAAUCCAAGGGCUAGACUGCUAUCACCAUCAGGUGCCGGUUUCGGUUUCGGUAUUAAGUGUCUGAUGGAGAAUCGAGCUCAGAAAAAGGACUAUCUUCACUAUAACCACACUGAUCGCUGCAGAAAUGCCCGAUGGACUUCCAGGGAAAGCUACCAAUUCAUGUAUGAAAGGCCGUGGCAAGAAGUGCUUGAUUUUUACUCUCAUGCUGUUAAUGGAAGAUUAUCACUGUCAUCGCUUGGAACUGAGACUGUUCGUGAUCAUGAUGAUACUGAGAUUCAACCGGUUUGCAACACUGCAGAGUUAAACAGAGCUCCGGUUAAAGAUGGGACUGGGAGGUGGGCAAGGGCAACAUUUAAGAUUGUUCUUUCUUACCAUGGAAAUUCUUUUGAUGGGUGGCAAAAGCAGCCAGAGUUGAUUACUGUUCAGGGUGUGGUGGAAAAAUCUCUUGGGAAAUUUGUAGAUGAGAAAAAAGCUCAGCAGCUGAAAGAUAGAUGCUUACCGAUAGAAGGAUGUGCUGUGGUUGCUGGGCGCACUGACAAAGGGGUGACAGCUUUGAGACAAGUUUGCUCAUUCUAUACUUGGCGCACAGAUGUUAAACCUCAAGACAUUGAAGGUUCCAUCAAUAAUGCAGCUCCGGGAAAACUCAGAGUCUUAUCUGUUUCUCAGGUGUCUCGUAUGUUCCAUCCAAACUUCUCUGCUAAAUGGAGGCGAUAUCUGUAUAUUUUUCCUCUGAAGGACGGAGAGAACAUGGAGCCAAAUUUUCCAAUUUGGGAAGAUGUAGAAAACAGUAGAGAAGAGGAUCGUGAUAAAAUAGAAGUUUUACAUGGUGAAUGCAAGGAUGAGAUCCUGAAUAAUUUGGUCCUCAGUCAGGAUGAUGAGGAGCCUGCAUCAGCUAAUAAGCCUCAAACAUUUAGUAUAAUGAGGGUUAACCAACUACUAAGGAAACUAGAAGGAAAGUUAUUGUCUUACAAGAUGUUUGCACGUGACACCAAAGCAUCUAGAAACGAAGGUCCACCUACGGAGUGUUUUGUAUACCAUGCCCGAGCAAUGGAAGCUAGAUUACCAUGCUUGGACCAAGGCGUAGGAAGAAGUGUUAUGUGUGUUGAGCUGGUUGCUAAUCGCUUCUUGAGGAAGAUGGUGCGGGUGCUUGUUGCAACAGCAAUUAGAGAGGCAGCUGCUGGUGCUGGAGAGGAUGCGUUACUAAAGCUGAUGGAUGCCACAUGUCGACGUGCCACUGCACCUCCUGCGCCUCCUGAUGGCCUCAGUCUCGUUGAUGUAGGUUAUACAGAAUUUGAUCCACAAAAUUGCUUCAUAUUAAAUGACUAAUUUUUUUUCCCUUUUUCCCAUGAAAGUUGCAUGGACUAACCCGUCAUUUGAUUGAUGGUGUUAUUAUUACCAAAUUUUCUACCAUUAUUAAUUUAGUGAUUGAAUUGUGUCGAGAGAAAUAUUUGUUCAGAGGUGAGUUUUAGCACACAUCAGUUUAGGUGUUUGCAUAUGCAUAAGGUUGGAGGUGAGUUUUUGUUUGGUCCAA